AUGAACGGAAAGUUGCUUGGAGUAUGGUUGCUGUGCCUUUGCCAGGUGCGGGGAUGGGAGGCAUCAUCGAGGGGCAGCUUAAAAAUUGGUCGCACCUCGCGAUCGCUCGCGCUUGCGAUCACAGAUACAGUACACACCCUGGAGACUGUGGAGACCAUGCAGAUUGUCGAGCAGGAGAUAACUUCUCAAUUCCUGUUGCUCGCGCUCGGCGAAGCCGACCGGGGGACUCUGGACUCGAAGCUUGCUUGGAUGGACCAGUACUUACUUGCUCUCGCUCAAGGCGAUGAGGCACUGCACAUCAUCCCACCUCCGGGAGAACAGCCCAAUCAGACCUUGGUAGCGUUGACUCGGGAUUUCGCGGACUUCAAGGCCCUGGUCCUGAACAACGUGGGGAGUCUCGGCGAGACCGUUUCCCCGGCAUCAGUGGACAUUCUCUCAGAGCUGCACAUGCGGAGCAAGGCAUUGACCCUUCAACUGCACGAGAUGAAGGCUCUCUACGACGCAUAUGCCGUCCUACAAGGAGAAUCUGAGCCGCCUGAAAUACGUACCUCGAACCGCUUGGGCUUCGCCUUAGAAAACGUGGCACGGACUUCGCUGAUGGCCAUGCUGCAGGUGCAUAAAGAGGAGAACUGCAAGGAGAUGGAAGAGUUCCUCGCAGAGUUCGCGGGACUCCACCAAAGCCUCAUUUGGGGCAGUCACGUCCUCGGCCUCGAGCGCGCGAGCGACCUCUGUGUCGUGCAACGAAUGUAUGAGAUCUCCGGUACAUGGCUCGCUUUCCGCGCUGUUACCGCCCGGAUGCAGAUCAGCGAGACUCCCUUUCACUCUAGUCUAAUCGCCGAUUUCCGAGCCGCGAAGGCAGGAAUUCAUAGCAGCCUCGGCAAAGCUAGCGACGUGCUUCACGGUGACAGUAGUUCGUGCUCCUUCUCCUUCACAGAAUCCAAGUGGCUACAUGGGGCAGAGGAGAAGAACCGGCUCCGGGUACUGGUGCAAGCGGCCAUUCGGCGCUUUCUACAGUUGAAGAUGGAGGGCGGUGAUUCGGUUCAGCGCUUGGAAGUAGUGCAGGACAUGACUGAGGCAUCGAAGGCGGCCAAAAACGUGUUUGAAGGCAACUACUUGUCGUUCAUGCCACCUCCGCCGACGCAAGAGCUACUCGAUGAUGCUGCUUUGAUUUGGGACAAGUGGCACGCCAUCGAGGAAGAAAUUGUGUUGGCCCUCAACUCCGAUCAGGAGCUGGCCAACGAGGACCUCGCGAAUGACAUCUACGCCAAAAGUGACGAGCUGGAGGACAUCUUGGGGAACUUCAGCCUCCACUACGUGAAGGCAGCCUUGGCUGUCCACGCUUCGAACAGGAUCGUCGUCGGCGAUCUGUCCUACAGACAGCUCGCCCUGAUUGAGAAGCUAACGAAGCAGGCGUUGAAGAUCGCGCUCAGAGAAUCGGCGGUGAACCAUACAGGCCGGUUCGAGCAGACUAUAACGCAGUUCGAGGAGGGCCACUCGGAGCUUUUGUUAGGAUCGACGCCCUCCACGAUCUUGCUGGGGGUCUUCGUUCCAAGAACCGAGAGCGUUUGCCUUCUCAACUUUAUGUUUCAAGUGGAGACGGACUUCAAGGAGCUGAUGAGCACCUUGAGGCAGUUGUUCGGCGCCAAGGACUACCUCCAGAGCCACAUACGCUUCGUGGCUGCUGAAGCCGCCAACCCCGUGCUGGUGCAGGCCUUUGAAGCCUUCGAAGCUGGCUGGGAGAGCUACCGCAUUGACGAUGCCACGAGAAUGCAAGAUCUACGCAUCGCGUACAUCUUCUCGAAUCCGAACGCCGUGGGGUCAAAGGAUAACUUCGACUAUGCCGAAGGACCAGAAGACUACCACCAAGCACACAAACAGUAUCACCCAGUCUACCGGGACAUUCUUUACGCGCGAAAUUACUACGACAUCUUCUUUUUCGACCUCCGCGGCAACCUGAUUUAUUCUGUCUACAAAGAGCUCGACUACGCAACAAACUUUGCUGCCAAUGGCACUGGCGAGUGGAAAGACUCGGGCCUCGGUGAGGCCUUCGAGGCUGCGAUGCGGAACCCAAACCAGAUCAAUGUCAUCGACUGGAAACCCUAUGGGCCGAGCUAUGGCGCUCUUGCCAGUUUUUUGUCCACGGGCAUUAAGAAGAACGGUGCGCUGAUUGGCGUGUUUUGCACACAAAUGCCGCCAGAGUCCAAGCCAAUCACCGUCGCGGAAAUGGAGCCGAAACUGAACGCUGCCGAAGCAGCGCAACACCUGGCCAUCAAUGCCUACAUCGAAGGAGGAGGAGCUUGCGGGUAUGAACUCACCAUUCAGCAGUACGAGUUGGCGCUGGAGAAAAUCAGCAGACUGGAAUACAAGUUUCAGAAAACAGAGACGGAGUUCGCCCUGUUGGCAAGUGGCUUCACGGCUCAAUGGCUGACAGCCUCUGCAGCGGGGCUGGAGGAGCACAAGCAGUACCUCGUCGUGGAAGCUGCUAAGCCAGAGCUCGUUGAAGCUAUGUGGGAGUUCAAGCAAGCCUGGGAUGCCUUUCGGGAGACGGACGCAGAGCGCUUGCUCAGCUUGCAGAUUGCGUACAUCUUGCUGAACCCUCACCCGACAGGCUCCAAGGACGCUCUGGACCACGCGCCGGGUCCUGAAGAGUAUCACGCUGUCCAUGCCCGCUUCCACCCUCAGUAUCGUGCAAUCCUAUACGAGCGCAACUACUAUGACAUCUUUUUCCUCGACACCGCCGGGAACUGCAUCUACUCGGUGUACAAGGAGCUUGACUAUGCCACAAACUUCUUGGCAGAUGGUCCCGGUGAGUGGAGGAACUCGGGGCUCGGCGAGGCUUUCAGGGCAGCGAUGUCGAAUCCAGAUGGCAUCAAUGUGAUUGACUGGAAGCCCUAUGGGCCCAGCAACGGGGCAUUGGCCAGCUUUCUGUCCACAGGAAUCCGACGUCUUGGAGAGUUGAUUGGUGUCUUUUGCACCCAGUUGCCCCCUGAGUUCACCCCUCGCGACUCGGCCAUUGCGCUAAAUCAGACUUUAGAUGAAAUGCACGACGUUCUGUGGGAUUUCCGAUACGGAAACAAUGCAAGAGCAAUUUUGCCACCGGCGUCCCAAAGCACCACGAACGCGCUCUUCAAUGCCAGCGACAUUUGGGUGGGGUUCGACGACGAGCUUCAUGCGACGCCCACAGUUGAGGCCCUCAACCGUAGCUCUUCCAUAGGUGCGCGGAUCUUGAUGUCCAGUGAUCAAAUGCUUUGCAAAGUGCAGGUGGGCCGCAGAGAGGACGGAAUCUCGCAUUGCGGAACCAGGGCGGAUAGCUUCGAAGCCGAGCGACUGCUGGAAGCCUUGGAUGAGAACUGGGCAAAUUUGAGUCUCGGAUUGGAUCUCCCUGUCGAUGUCCGAAAGAUGCUCCAGACCAUGGAUGCGUCCGUUGCCGCUUGGAUUCAAGAUAUUCAUCAGGGAGCAAGCGAAAUCUAUGGCGAACUUCUUCGCCACGACCACGAGGACGGUAAGAACAGGACAACCACCAUGCUGACCCUGGAGAUCUUAGCGCCAGUGCCUCUUACUGGGAGCUGGAUCGGGGGACAGACCUUCCGCCUCGUCGCACGCCUGGCAGAAGACAUCAUCAACCAGGACCAGCUGAUCCUGCCUGGCUAUCAGAUAAAGCACCAUUUCAUCGAUGACCACUGUGAUCCGGGCACUGAGAAAGGGAACUCCUACGUAGCAGUGGCCGGCUUGGGUUGCGACGAGGUGUGCAGACAGGUGACGUCCCUGGCCGUGUCAAUGCGGCUGCCUUUUCUGAGUUACGAGUGCGCCCACGCAGACUUCUCGGACACAUCGCUGUACCCGGCAUUGACGCGGAUGGGAACUCCGACCAACCGCAUGGUCGACGUAGUCACCGAUCUUCGCGAGAAUCACGGCUGGAGUAAAAUCUAUGUCGUCACCGGCGAUUCAGCGAUGUACCAGACAGAGGCUGAAGCUUAUGUUUCAUCCUUCCAAGCUUCUGGUCUCCAGUCCGAGUGGCUCAACGCACGUGAGUUUAGAUGGGACGAGAUCACUGGGGUGAUGAAUACCAUCAAGGGACAGAGUCCCGGUUUGGAGCGUGUAAUAUUCUUUAUCGGCUCGGAAACUCUUUACCGCAAGCUGAUUUGCGCUUCGAUAACGCAGGGACUGCAGAAAGGCAUCGUAUGGCUGUCACAGGGGACAUGGCGUCGCAACUGGUGGAAGCGGUCGGACAUCCUCACUUCCACGCAUAGGCAGUGGUUGACCGAAGAUGUCUACAGCCGAAACCUUCAACAAGCCCUUCCUGCCUUCAAGACAGCAUGGGACAGUUACUCUGCAGAUGCCGAGACCACGCGGCAAAGUUUGAUCAACCUCUAUGUUACAGAUGAGAAGGAUGCUCUGGAAGUGGCAGAAGGUCCUGAGCGAUACCACGCCGUCCACCAAGAGUGGCACCCUAUCUACCGCGCGAAGCUCAUUGAGCGCAACUACUAUGACAUCUUCAUGUUCGACCUGGAUGGCAAUUUGAUCUACUCCGUGUUCAAAGAAACCGACUAUGGCACUAACUUCCGAGCAAACGGCAAUGGCACAUGGAAGGACUCGGCGCUGGGCCAGGCUUAUCAACAGGCGCGGGCAAAUCCAGACAGCAUCACCUACAUCGACUUUACCCCUUAUGGUCCAAGCAACGGAGCAGACGCCGCUUUCUUGGCCACCGGACUUCGCAACGAGGACACUGGUGAGUUGAUCGGCAUAUACAGCAUCCAGCUCCCGCCUGAAUACGAAAAGUCGAUCGAGGCUGUGGAGCCGCAGUGCUCUUUCGAAGCCAUCGAGAGCUCUUUCAUGGGCUCCAUGAACUUGAGAGGAAUGGGGCAAGCAUCGCAAGAAAACAUGGAGAAGCCGUUGGAUUGUUUGAAAGGCUACAGCCCUCAGAGUUUCCUCACCUUGUUGGAUAAGCACCUGGAUGCGGGCUAUCCGGAAGGGGAUCGUUCGACAGUUGUGAACGAUCCCUACGUUUCAAUCAAAGCCCACGCCGUGGACGGAGUCUGUGCACUCGCCUUUGGUAUUCAGUACCUCCUUCGGCAAGGCUAUACGGUGGCAGACAUCCAAACGCCCACGCCACAG